CUAGCAGAUGCUACAGUGUUGUGUCAAGAGCUUUACUGUGGAGACAUUGCUGAGCCGAAAGCAUAUGUACAACCUUCAGGGCAAAUAUGGAUGGAUCAAGUGGCUUGUACAGGAAAUGAGUUGACAGUGCGGGACUGUCCUUUUACUGGUUGGGGUGUGAGCAGUUGUUUGGAUGGACUUCAUGCUGGAGUUUCAUGUCAACCAACGGCGAGAAAAGUUGUGUUGAGGAUUGUGGUGAAGGCCGAGAGUGGAUUCAAUGUCAAUGAUCCAGAUAUCAAGAACAAGCUUCUGGAUAUGAUUGGGAAUGUGGUUGGAGAUAGAGGAAAGUAUAAAGAAUAUUGGAGAAUACAGCCUGAUGAUGAGCAAGUUUUUCACAAACAGAGAACAGCCACAGGUCUUUUCUGAAUGACAGAAAAGGGAGAAAACAGAUUCUAAUACUAAUUAUAAUCAGAAUCACAAUGAGCUUUAUUCACCAAGUGUGCACAAACAAACAAGGAUUUUCUGUGGUUUCCAAGAGCUGUACAUACAUACAACACAAGAAAAUAUGAAGAACGUUUAAAUAAAACAAUAAAAAUAAAUAAAUAAAUGAAAUACAAUGAAGCACAUCAAGAUCAAUAAGAUGUGGGUAUUAAUGUACUGUGUAUAUAUAAACUGUAUAAGUGGAAAAAGUAUGUAUUUACAUAAUGACAUAUAAUGACAUU